AUGGCGCCGGACUCUACGCGAUUCGUCUCCUCCCCGCGCAAGGCUGAGCCAGAACAGAACCGACCGGCCGAUGGUCAGGCAAAUGACGAGCAACCAACCGAACAAGGCCCAGCUACUCCUCCCGAGAGCGACGGCAACGAUUCCAACUCCAACUCCAAGAGACAAUCCAGCUCUCCCGAGUCUGGCGAGGCUAGCUCGACCGCGUCUCCCGCACCCGCCAACGAUAUCAACGAGAAGCCCGCAUCUUCCUCCAAUGCGCCGCCCCUACCCAACGAGGCGCCGCCUCUUCCCUCCGAACCUGCACCUGCGACUGAAGACGAUGGCUGGGAUUUCCAGUGGGACCCGACCUCCCAGGCAUACUUUUUCUACAACCGCUUCACCGGCGCUACCCAGUGGGAGAACCCCCGUGUUCCCGUAGCCGCCGCUUCGAUGAGCGCAACUGCAGCGGUAGCCCCAGGUACGAUCCCAGGGGCGGCGGCAGCAACCACAAUCUCCGGCCCCCCUCCCCUCCCGGCGAACGACCGACCCCCCGCAGGCGGCUACAACCCCGCCAUCCACGGCGACUACGACCCGAAUGCGUGGUACGCCAAGGGCAGCACGGCCGAGGAGAACGAGGCGAACCACGCAUCGUCAGCGGCCUACGCAGCCGAGUAUGGCGCCGUCGCGCAGUUCAACCGCUUCACCGGCCAGUUCCAGACCCUCGACGACGGCCCCGACCGCCACACGGAUGAGGCCAAGAGCAGGCGUCAGAUGAACGCCUUCUUCGACGUCGACGCGGCGGCCAACUCCCACGACGGGCGCAGCCUCAAGGCCGAGCGCAGCGGCAAGAAGCCUAGUAAGGCCGAGCUCAAGCAGUUCAAGGAGAAGCGCCGGGCAAGGAAGGAGGAGAAGCGCAGGGCUUGGCUCAGGGAUUAA